UGGUGACGUGUGGACAUGACAACUGACGACAAACCGAAAGUUUUAUAUUUAUUUUCGUCAUUCUUUAUCAGUUAAGUCGUAAUCAAACCGCAGCUAAUUACACUUGCAGAUAAGAUGUGUUAUUCAAUUCAAGUUAUUCAUUCCUCAUCGGAUCGCGGGGGUUUACGGACCUUAUGUAAAAAUGACGAGUUUAGUGACGAAAAACAGUGGUUUAUUCAUAAAAUUAGUGAAAAAUGUUACCAAUUGCACGAAGAGACUGUCUUCCCACUUUACUUACUUCCCCGACGAUGAUAAACCCGUUGAUGGCGAGACAACAAAGAUGAACAUGAUGCAAGCCAUCAAUAAUGCAAUGGACCUCACACUCAAGAAUGAUCCAACGGCACUGUUAUUUGGUGAAGAUGUAGCUUUUGGAGGAGUCUUCAGGUGUGCACUUGGAUUACAAGAGAAGUAUGGCAAGGACAGAGUGUUCAACACGCCUCUCUGCGAGCAGGGCAUUGCAGGCUUUGGCAUCGGGCUGGCCACUGCUGGAGCGACUGCCAUAGCUGAGAUACAGUUUGCUGACUACAUCUUUCCUGCUUUUGACCAGAUAGUAAAUGAAGCGGCCAAAGCGCGGUACCGCUCCGGAGGCCAGUUUGACUGCGGCGGCCUCACCAUCCGGACUCCAUGCAGCGCGGUCGGCCACGGCGGCCUCUACCACUCGCAGAGCCCAGAGGCUUUCUUUGCCCAUGUGCCUGGCUUGAGGGUAGUAGUCCCUCGUGGGCCGAUCACAGCAAAAGGCCUGUUGUUGUCAUGUAUCCGUGAGCGUGACCCGUGCGUGUUUCUCGAGCCAAAGAUACUGUACCGCUCAGCUGCCGAAGAGGUGCCCGUGGAAGACUACACACUCCCAUUAGGAAAGGCACAAGUGCUCAGAGAAGGAGAUGCAGCCACCCUGGUAGGCUGGGGCACGCAGGUGCAUGUGCUGCUGGAAGUGGCGCAGAUGGCGGCGGACCAGCUGGGCGUGCGCUGUGACGUCAUCGACCUGCAGUCCAUACUGCCCUGGGACGAGGACACUGUUUGCAAUUCGGUGAAAAAAACAGGCCGCUGUCUAGUGGCACAUGAGGCACCGCUUACUUCAGGAUUUGGAGCUGAAAUCGCUGCCACCAUACAGGAGGAAUGCUUCCUGCACCUGGAGGCGCCGGUGGCCCGUGUCGCGGGCUGGGACGCUCCCUUCCCGCAUGUGUUCGAGCCCUUCUACCUGCCCGACAAGUGGCGUUGCUACCAGGCCCUUAACGACCUGGUCAACUACUAAACACUUAAUACUACCCUGCGGGCUUAGCACCGUACGUCACCUGUCACUCUCUCACAGUACUGCACAGAAAGAGACUGAUGAUCUCUGUCGCGGCGAGAAAGAGUAUCGUGCUUACGGUGCUAAGCCCGCUGGUAUAAUACAAGAUUAUAGAAAUAGGGUAAACUACUAAAGGAUGAGCAAUAUAAGGGUCAAUCCACAUCUGUCAGCUCAUCAUCGCUCUUUCCUAUGCACUUGACUGAAACGACGAAGCGAUGGCGUGCGUAUGAGGUGCUGACAGAUGUGGUUCAACCCUACAUAUACCUUGUCAUUCAUAGCAAAGCCACAAAGCAACUUUAGAAAUCAGCUUUUGGAACUCCACUCUUCAGGUCCACUAACGGUCAUCACUGUACAUUUCUCAUUUAGAUUAUGUUUAAGUGGAAAUAACUGAGUUACCUAUAAUUAAAUACAUUAUUUUAUGUCGUCUGUAUUAACAAAUUAUAUUAUUACAGGAAUAAACUUUAUUUUACGUGAA